CAUUGUAAAUAUCCCAAUCUUAAUCAUCUCGCCUUAUCAACCCUUUCCAAUCUACCAAUGCCACUUUUGUGCGGCCGUAGCAUUCGUGUCCAACAAGUCAUUCUUCGCACCGUCGCGCCGUUCAAGACGGACAAACGGACAAUGGCCUCCCAGAUCCCCGCCAAAUUCGACAUCAAGACCGCGUACCGGAUGAACUCAGGCUACGAGAUUCCUGCUCUGGGCUACGGUGUAUACCAAACUCCUGCCGCGACGUGUGAAGAGGUGACACUUGAUGCCUUUCGUGUUGGUUAUCGACAUGUUGAUUCUGCGCGCGCAUAUCGCAAUGAACAGCCGUGCGCUGACGCCAUCCGCAAUUCUGGUUUGAAGCGGGAGGAGAUCUUCUUCACCAGCAAAGUCCCCCCGAAAAGCAUGGGCUACGAGGCGGCCAAGAAGUCUAUCGAAUCAUCCUUCUUCCAGACCGGCCUCGACUAUAUUGAUCUCUACCUCAUCCACUCCCCAUAUGGAGGCAAAGAAGCCCGCUGCGGGGCGUGGAAAGCGCUUGCCGAAGCUCAAAAAGCGGGUAAAAUUCGAUCAAUCGGCAUAUCCAACUAUGGUGUACAUCAUCUCGAUGAACUGGAAGAGUACAUCAAGACCUCUGGUGUCGGUGGCACCAUCGACGUCGGUCAAUGGGAAAUCCACCCAUGGCUUCCGCGCGAUGAUAUUGUGGAAUGGGCUCGCAAGCGGAACGUCGUCGUUGAGGCAUAUUGCCCCAUUGUUCGCGGCCAGCGUGCGAAUGAACCGGUUCUGAAACAACUCAGCGAGAAACAUGGAAAGACAUGGGCUCAGAUACUGCUCAGGUGGAGCUUGCAAAAGGGGUUUGUACCACUGCCGAAGAGUGUCACUCCUUCCAGAAUUGAGGAGAAUGCAGCCAUCUACGACUUCGAGCUCGAUGAAGACGAUAUGAAAAGUCUCCAUUUCCCCAGUUCCUACGCCCCAUGCAGCUGGGAUCCAACCACAAGUCACGAUUAGAUGAUGGAAUUGCUCAAUCUCAAACUUUGUUCUCUUGUGCAUGUCGAUGUAAGACUUGGUGCCCGGUGCUCUAAAGGGAGAUGCAUUUACCUGCAAGUCAGUCGUUCAUCUGGAGCGAGCCUAAUGAAAUACAGCUCUGCACAACUCAGCACCUAGGAUGAAGUCUCUCCAAUACAAUCGGCUGGUCAAGUUGGAUUUCCACACAAACUCCCUAUUGAAAGCAAGGCGAAUUCUUUCAUCUUUUGACGCUGCGGCAAGCAACUAGAAUCACAACAAGCUCUGAUCAACAAUGCCGAACUAUUUGUCUCUCUGUUAGCCCGACCAACGCUUGCGAUGGAAACCCUGAAAUGAUCUAUCUCCAAGGACAUCCCUCCUCAGGGGAAAGCUCUAGGACAACUCCGAAUUCGUCGAAACCAGAAUAUAGGAUUCUACGCCAAAAACGGCGACGUAUACAACACCGGCAAGUGACUCCAUCUCCAAUGCCAAAGCUCCUCGCGAUCCCAUAAAUCAGAAUAAGACUGUACACUCGACGAAAUGGGCACCAUUUCUUGUUCCUCGUCAUGCUUCUCACGAAGACGUGUUUGGAAUCGUCGUCAGCGCUUGUGCGGCGCCACUCGUGUUUUGGUUGGUAAAGACUACGAGUACCGCGCAAUAUCUGCAAGGGAUCAGUUUGCUGGAUGCUGUAUCAAUAACUGCACUUACGCCGCAGUGACGCCAAAUAUCUCGUGUUGCUUUGCAGCCGUUGCUGUGGAACAAAGCAAAGCGAAAGCUAUCGUGAACGCAAAUGCCAACAAGUUUUGUGUAUAACCAUCGAGGUGUCGCAACCUGUAGAGGACCAACACCGGUCCCAUUAUCAAGGCUACAAUGGCGAUUGUGUACAGGAAUCCGACCACGCGGUUGAAUCGCUUUCUCUCGUAUAGCUGGACAUGUAUCGUCGAACCUUCGAGUUUCCGGUCCUGGAUUUUGUUGCGCAGCAAGCACUGUGCUAGGUCAGCCUGGCUUUCGGUACAACAGCCGAGAAGGUGUCUCUCACUCGGACCAAGGACCUGCUGGCCCAUGUGAAGAUGUGGCUGACAAGGCCGUGGACCCAGGAAGAGCUCGGUUCUCCGCCGAGCACGAUCAAGUCGUCAACCUUCCUGAUCCAUCUCCUGUCCCUUUGGGCGAGGCUCCCGUCAUUGUGAAUCAAAUUGGCG